AUGACAAUCCUGAAGAAAACCCUGAAGGAGGCCUUGCAAUGGGUUAGGAGGAGUCAGAUGAAGGAAACGAUGUUAAGGAGACAUCUAGUAAACUCACCCCCGCCCCCCCCCCCUCCAUUGAAAGCCCUAUCAGAACCACACACGAUUCAGGAAAAUGAUACAGACUACAUACACUCUCUUGAGAAUGAAAUAACCAAUGUCAAGCGUCCACUCUUUGCGGCCGAAGCUAGAGUCGUUCAAGCCGAGCAAAGGGAAGAAGUAAUCACCCAGGAGGUGAAUGCACUGGCUGAACUUCUGAUAUGUCAGCUUGACGAUUAA